UCGGAUAUCCACAGCAACCGCGUGCGUAAGGGCGCACUCCAAUCAGCCGAGUGAAUGUGGCUCGCGCGUGCUUGGUUAUUCAUUUGUGAGAAAGUCAUUUGAACAACGCUGCACUUGCAAAGACCUAAAAAUGGCUGAGGAUAUUGCGACAAAGCUUCAGAACUACCGCACAGCUCCUUUUGACGCCAGAUUCCCAAACCAAAACCAGACGAGGAACUGCUUCUACAAUUAUCUGGAUUAUCAUCGCUGCCAAAAAUCCCUGGAUGCCAAAGGAGUCGACACUGCCCCAUGUGACUGGUAUAAGAGGGUCUACAAAUCAUUGUGUCCGAUGUCCUGGAUCCAGAAAUGGGAUGACCAGAGGGCAGAAGGGACGUUCCCAGGGAAGAUUUAAGUGGAAUCUCCAAAGAAGUGGUCUUCAUGACAAAAUGUUUGUUCAAGUGGUAGAAACUUGGGUUGGUUCUCUACUACCUUACAUCUACUGCUCUUCUGGAAUGUGAACACAUUAUAAAUGAACAUCACAGUCAUUCCUAAUCAAAGUGAAGAAUUGUAUUGCAGAUUCUGCAUUAAAGUGUCUCAGGCUAUAUUUAUCAAAACA